ACCAUUUCGCUUGCUCAUUGUGAACAAUUCCUUGUUCCCCCCCUUCUUGGAUAACUGACGUCGUACGCACCCUCAUGGCGUACGCCUGACUGCGGGUAGUCCCCCCUCUCGCAUAUCGACGCUAUGCGCACGUCCUCAGCGCCCAUGCCGACGCUGCAUAUGCACCAAUCGGAGGCGGCAGCGUCGCUGCUCGACGAGGCACGCGCCGACGACCGCCGAGGUCGCAGUCCCUCUCAUCAAAAACACCGCCACGGCUUCCAAGCAUCGCAUGUCGGCAGCAACGCCGGUCUAUCUGGCCUCUCCAUAAAGGUCUCCAGUGGAGUUGAUGAUCCAGAUGGCAAGGGCAGCGAACCAGACGUCAAGACGACGCAUGUCGUUGGUGCUUGGAACUCGACCGCUGCAUCGACCAAAAAAGGUGCCAAACACGUACCCACACUCCCUCUCACAUUCAUAGAGCCACAAGGCCUGGAGGGUCAGUCCCUCCCCGUGCGACUUGGGCUAGCACCACCGACGACUGCCAUCAGCCCACCGCCGCCGAAAUACUAUCUUUGCUCACCGCCGCCGUCGACUUCCCAGAGGGGAGCUGCGGGUGCAUCAGCAAACGACUUGUCGCAUGCAACGCCCGGCGCAGCGUCCAGAAACUGCAGCACACCUUCGGAAGAUUGGGGCGCUACAGACCAACAGUGGGAGCCGUCGCAGUAUUUUCGCUAUGAGCACAUCACCUCCCGUGGUCGGCGGCGCGUGCGCAAAUGGCAUGCAUACGACUCCGUCCGUGCGCCCUGGUACUUUUCGUACGACCCGGAAGUCCUGCAGGCCGACAUGCUCCUGCAUGGCUUGACGGUCCAAUCGAUGGACCGGCUGACAAUAUACCCCUUCCAACCGGACCAGCUUCCUUCACGUGUGCUGGACGUCGGCUGCGGUGUCGGCAUCUGGACGACGGAGACUGCCGCCGAAUGGAAGAAGACCGAGUUCAUCGGCAUGGACCUGGUGCCGAUCCAGACGUCCAUGUCGACGUUUGACGAUCCAGACCUCGGAGCGCGCGUCAGCUGGGUCGUUGCCAACUUUCUCGAAGAGUGGCCCUUCCCGGACGCCAGCUUCGACUUUGUCCAUUUGCGGUACAUAGACCAGGGCGUACCCGAAGACGCGUGGGACCACGUCCUCAGCGAAGCCGUCCGUGUCGCCGCACCGGGCGCCGUUAUCGAAGUCGUCACUGCGCCGUUCGCUCUUUUCACAAAUCCACGAUUCAUGCCCGCUAGUGAGAUGGUCGCCAGGGCGAUGGGCACCACACUGGCAACCGCGCAGGACACGGAGGCAGCGGUAGAGGGAAUCAAAAAAACGCAGCAAAAGGAUAGCAGCAUCUUCAAGCCUGCCUACGAGCCUAUCAAGUUCAUCUUUGCAAAGAUGGACAAUAGAAGGUUCAUCAACACACGCAGCGCAUCGGUCGUUCCAGGCGCACUGCUAACACAUGACGUCGUUGAGCGCAAGCAGACGCUGAUGCGCCAGUUCCCGAUCAAGUACCACCACGAUUCCUACAUGCCCUUCUCGGAGGAGCCUAUCACUUGUGCAGACGGCAUAGACCGCCGCUACACAACCGGGAGCGGGCAAAGCGUGACAAUGAAGAACUGCAUCGUCGACGCGCCUCUCAAGAUCGACAACGACAUCAUGCGCGCCAUAAUCAUCUGGACCAAUGCCGCGGUGCGCACAGCGAGCACGGACCUUGCGUGGGAGGAAGCAGAGCGCGAGAAGGCCGAAGAGCCCCGUCCGCGCGGCCUAACCAGCGCGGCCUCGGCAAAGUACCGGAACGCGGAUCUAGACGCGAACUUACCUUUCAUCCACCCAUGGAGCUCACGGGCCGACUUUGAAAAGGAUAUGGACGCGUACAAUGAAGAUUUGCGCUCGCACGCCGGCGUCGACGCCAUCCUCCGGCGCCUCCUCGGGUGGCGCGAAGGCUGCCUGGAGCUCGUGAGGGAAGGGCGCAAGCAAGCCGAGCGCAAGCGCAUGCUGAGCGCUUCGCCUGCGUCCAAGGCUGUUCUGUCCAGCAGGCCGAACCAGCAGGCCGAGACACUCAACUCGUUCCAUGCCCGUGGAAGAGCCGCGUCAGAGGGAAAGACCGAUCAGGAGAAGGCCAAGCUGCUUGGUAGGGCGGAGGAGGAAGAGACGAAAGCGCUCCAGCCGGAGGAGUUGAUCCCCAUCUUUGGCUUUCGAGAAGUCGGCAGUUUUAUUCAAAGGCGCGCUUGGACUUGAUCCAUGGCGUGUCUUGCAGCUUUUUAUUAUGCCCGUGUGCUCCAUGUGCGGCUUCCUGCCGCCCCACUUUGCGCGCUUGAUGACCC